AUGUCUUUCAAACGCUCAUUUCAAAGUGGUUCUUCACUGAGCACGCCUGUAAAAUCUGUACAAUAUCGGCAAACAAGACUGACAAUUGACGAUAACCGUUAUAAUAAUUGUAUUGCUACUCAUACAAACAGUCAGGCCACAUUUAGUCAGAAACUCGCUAUGCAUAAAGGAUUGGAUUUCGAUAAUGCGCAUAGCUUCCAACCCUCUACAUCACCAAAUCUAGCAUCAUUAAACAAUGGCAAUCAACCUUUGACAGCACUAGCACAAGACAAUCAAUCCAAUUUAUAUAGGUCGAAGAUGAUUAUAGCAUCACAGACAAAUGUAACAGUGAAAGCAACGACAACAAAAAAAAAUGUAGCAUCACCUACAAAAUGUAUAAUGGCAAUUACUGAGAGUAGAGGAGUGGCUAUCGAAAUUGGGUUCUGUGUUUUUAAUAUGAACAGCUGUGAAGCUUUUAUUUCACAGCUGGCUGACUCACCCACAUUCACAAGGAUUUUACAAAAAGUGAAUUUGCACGACCCGCAACAAAUACUCAUGCCGGUUUAUUCAACUGAUAAUUAUGAGUACUCUCAAAGACAGGCGAACGAGAAGAAUAAAAGCCAAGAUGCCCCUUUCAGUCAUUCUACUGCUACGAUUACCAACGCUAGCAGUGAAAGCGGUAAAUUAAAAGAGCUUCUGAGGCUACAAUUUCCCCAUGUUCCAAUUAUAUCCAUCUCGCGAAAACACUUUAACGACGAACUUGGAAAGCAAUGCAUCCAAAAAUUCUGCUUACAAGAUGACAUUGCAGGACUGAUUGUUGGUGUUUCUAACCGAUAUUAUUGCUUGGCUGCCAUUGCCGGUCUAUUUCAUCAUAUCAUCCAUACUGAGGGUCAUACAUUUGCACAGCACACUAUCAAGUUCACUUAUCAGGGCGCAGAAGGCAGUAUGCUUAUUGAUCCUAUAACAGCCAAGAAUUUAGAGCUUGUAACGAAUAUUGCAAACAGUAGCGGCAGCGGGCAAGGUAAUAGCAGUGCUAGCGCUAGUAGCAGUUUUAAAAAAGACUCUCUUCUCGGUAUUUUGGACCAUACUAGCACAUCCAUGGGUAAGCGACUACUGCGAAUGAAUAUUUUACAGCCUCCUUGUGCUGCUAAUAUCAUUAGAGAUCGGUUGGAUGCGGUUGAGGGUUUGUGUCAGAGUGAAGAAUCUAUUUUCACCAUACAGUCCCAUUUGAAGCAGCUAAAUGAUCUCGAUCACUCUAUAUGGUAUCUUGCCAAAAUGCCUUACGCAUCGAAUAACACAGCGACAACGGCCACGCUUGCUGUCCAACAUGCUGAAAUGAAGGUCAAUCAAAUUAUAGCUCUGAAACAGACAAUUAAAACGAUACAAGCUUUGGCUGCUCAUUUGAGACAGCAGAAAGAAGGGAAAGAAAUAGACAGCUGCAUGCCUGAUAAUGAAGAGAUUAAUGGAUCUAUAUUAUUAUAUACAAUAUGCAAGAUCUUAUCGAAUUCUGCCUUUAUUUUUUUGGAAGGCGAAGUUCGAACCAUGAUUAAUGAAGAAGUAUGUAUACAAAAAACAAGUCUAGGCAUUCGUAACCAAAAGUGUUAUGCAGCGGGUGUAAACGGUUUACUUGAUGUUGCUCGACAAACAUAUAAAGAGACAACAGAAGAUAUUUAUGAACUUGCUUCUCAAUACUCAGAAGAGCAUAAAAUGCAAAUGAAACUUCAAUUCAACGCAUCAAAUUACUUUCAUAUUACAAUGUCCACCAAUCAGUUAACGGAAGGGCGUAGACUUCCAAGUGAAUUUAUUAAUGUUGUAAAGAAGAAAAAGACGUUACAGUUUACAAGUCUUGAAUUACUUCAGAAGAAUGAAAGAUUGAAUGAAUCACUGACAGGAGUGUAUCUUAUGUCAGAUAAGAUUGUGACAGAAUUGCUGAAUAUCUUUAGGAAUAAUAUCAAUAUCUUAUACCAAGCUUCGGAGGCCAUCGCUUUGUUAGAUAUGCUAACAUCUCACGCGAUCCAUAUAAUGAAAUCUGAAAAUUAUGUUCGUCCGGAAUUUUCCAGUACUUUGGCUAUCAAAGCAGGCCGACAUCCGAUUUUGGACCAUAUACUCUCGUUCCCAGUGGUCGCAAACGACACUUUUGCAUCUUUAUCGAGCAGCUUUCAAUUUAUGACCGGACCUAAUAUGAGUGGAAAAUCGACUUACUUACGUCAGAUUGCUUUGUUAACAAUUAUGGCACAAAUAGGGUGUUUUGUCCCAGCCGAAUAUGCAUGCUUCCGUCUUAGUGAUCAGCUUCUUUCUAGGCUAGCAAAUGAUAAUACAUUUUCUGAUAUUGGCACCUCUUCCUUUAUGUCUGAAAUGCGGGAAACCGCUUAUUUGUUGAAGCACGUAACGAAUACAAGUAUUAUCCUUAUUGAUGAGCUUGGUAGAGGAACUUCCCCCAACGAUGCCUUAGGAAUCACAGCAGCUGUUUGUGAAGACCUCAUUUGCACGAGAGCCUAUUGCUUUUUUGCUACACAUCUGCAUGAAUUAACAAGUACGCUAAAUAUAUACCCAAAUGUUGUAAACCUUCAUUUUAAAGUUACUAUUGCUAGAAAUACAGAUAAUGACUGUAUAAUUGAAUAUCAAUACAAGGUUGAAGAUGGAAAUUUGAAGAUGGAUACCCACUAUGGGUUGCAAACUGCUCAAAUAUUGGGAUUUCCAAAGGAAGUCUUAACCUGUGCUCAUAGAAUUGUGACCAAGUUAAAAGAGCAAAGAUCCGGUUUGAAUCGGCAAGCAGAAGAGAAUGUUAGACGUGAUUUAACAAGAGAUCGAAAAUUACUUUGGUUUGCAGAUAAACUAUUGCAAUUGGGUCAAACUGAAAUGAGCCAUGAUCAACUUUACGAAUACGUACUAAAACUUCAAAGCGAUAUUAUCGAGGCGAACAAUAAUCGAAACUUUGAUUGA